GGGGCGAGGGAGCGAGGGAGCGAACGGUGGCGUGUCUAGCGAAAUAAGGGCGUGGGGCGAGGUUGAAGUACCGGCAGUGUCUCUCGGCUCCAACGUCUCCUGUCAAAUCGUGCAUACAUUGUUAAAAAUCCCAACCCAUUCGAAAGAGACGGGGGGAAACGCGCUCCGAGCGGAGACUCCCCAAAUGGCAGUGAAUGUUUUUUCUACAAGUGCAACAGUUGAGAACCUGAGCCGCCAUGACAUGCUGGCUUGGGUCAACGACUGCUUGCAGUCCUCUUUCACAAAGGUGGAAGAGCUUUGUACUGGAGCUGCAUAUUGCCAGUUUAUGGACAUGUUGUUUCCAGGAACCAUUCCCAUGAAGAGAAUAAAGUUUAAUACAAAUUUGGAACAUGAAUACAUCAAUAACUUCAAGGCACUCCAAGCAGCCUUCAAGAAAGUCAAUGUAGACAAGAUUGUACCUGUGGAUAAAUUGAUAAAGGGCAAGUUUCAGGACAAUUUUGAAUUUCUCCAGUGGUUUAAGAAAUUCUUUGAUGCUAAUUAUGAUGGAAGUGAAUAUGAUGCAGUAAUGGCAAGAGGAGGGGACAUUUUAGGCAAGAGUAGUGCCUCGGCACCUCGUAAAGCUGCAGCUUCCAUCGGUGGACCAAGGUCAAUGGGGCGGCCAGCUGGAGGUAUGCGGCAAGCAGCCCCAACACGCAUUGCUGCCCGACCAGCUGCCAAUAGAUCACCAGGAAUGAAUAAUGCACAGGUGGAAGAACUGUCAGCUCAGUUGAUGGACAUGAGAUUGACCGUGACUGGCCUGGAGAAGGAGCGCGACUUCUACUUUGGAAAACUGAGAGACAUCGAGGUACUAUGUCAAGAUGAAGGGGAACAGGCGCCGCCCAUCAUCCAAAAGAUCUUGGACAUCCUGUAUGCUACUGAGGACAAUUGUGCAGAGAAUCCAGACAGCUUUACUGAGAAUGAGAAUCUACGUUCCCAAAUACAGGAUGGCUUUGCUGCCCCAGAGGAUGUUGAGGAUGUUCCUCCCCCCCCAGAGGAAGAAGAGUACUAAGGGACCAAUCACCAAUGCCCAUCACAACACAAUGUGGGUCCAAUGCGGGCACUGCAGUCUAGGUGUUGUUGUUCCAUAAAUCACUGCUUGAGGGCUUGUAAAGUGCGGGUCCUUGGUGUGGAGGCAUAUCUACCUUGUCUUUUUUUUAUGAUGAAUCAGCUGGAACUAGACUCAAGUGGUUAAGGAAAUUAUUUUCAAGAGACUCGCAAACAGUAUUUGAAAAACCCC